AUGUUCAGUUUGAAAUUGUUAUCACCAUCAAUACGAACUAAACCAAUUUAUUCUUCUAUACGAUAUUUUUCAUCAACUAGAAUAACAAGAAAUGAAUCAAUUGAAACGGUUGAUCUUGCAUUUGAAGAAUUUAAAGGUUUAAAUCCAGAAAAAUCACCAGUAAUAAUUUUACAUGGAUUAUUUGGUUCAAAAGCAAAUAAUAGAACAGUUGCAAAACAAUUAUCUGAAAAAUUGAAACGAAAUAUAUAUUGUUUAGAUCUAAGAAAUUUUGGAUCAAGUCCUCAUAUUAAUAGAUUAGAUUAUCCAAGUUUAUCAGCAGAUGUUGAAAAAUGGAUAUUAAAUCAAAAAUUUUCAGAAAAACCUAUAUUGGUUGGUCAUUCAAUGGGUGCAAAAACUGUUAUGGCUUUAGCUUUAAGAAAACCAGAUAUUCCUAAAAUGAUUGUAAGUGUUGAUAAUGCUCCUAUUACAUUUGGAAACACAGAUUCAAAAUUUAAUAAAUAUAUUAAUCAAUUAAGAAUUGCCUUGGAGAAAUAUCAUUAUACAAACAUAAAAGAUGUUGAUUCUAAAUUAGAAGAAGUUGAACCAAAUAAAGUAAUAAGACAAUUUGUAUUAAUGAAUUUAAAUAGAGGUAAAAAGGAUGAACCAGUAACUUCAAAAAUUCCCUUGGAAAUUAUUGGAAAUGCAAUAAGUAAAGGUAUGAUAGCAAGUUGGCCAUAUAGUUCUCAAGAUUAUAGAUGGACUGGUCCUGCAUUAUUUAUAAGAGGUACUGAAUCAAAAUAUAUUCCAGAUGAUAUAAUACCUGAAAUAUCUAAUUUUUUCCCAAAUUUUGAAAUAAAAGAUAUUGAAUCUGGUCAUUGGGUAAUAAGUGAGAAACCAAAAGAAUUUAUGGAAGUAAUAGUAGAUUAUAUAGAACGUCAAGAAGACGAAUAG